UCCCUUCCUCCUGCCAAGAUCCUAGUACCUCAUCUCUAACCCAGAAUUACAUAUCUUGGUGGUAGAAAUGUCCACCCAAGAAGAGGGAAGAUUUGGCGAAUCUGAUCUGGUAGGGCACCUUUCUCUAAAGUUUUAGUUUUCAGUCACUCAGACGCUCACUUUUCCUCCUCCCGUCUGUUCUCUCAGUUCCUGACUUUCCCUCGAGCCCUCUGAUGCCUUAGCCUUUUUCCUGCUUUUAUCUUCCUUGCUCAGGUGCUUUCCCAGAAGGCAGGCAUCACUCCCUUGGGUUGCUCCCGUCAUUUUUCCUCCCUUGCUUUCCUCCAUCUAGCCAAACUGGUUUGAGUCAGCUACACCCCCAUAUGAGCUCCUGGGGCUCUUCAGGUGGUGACUGGCCACCCAACCCCACCCCUGGGCUUGGCUUGAAGCCCUGAGUCAGCUCCAUCUCUACCCAAGCCAAAUCAAACCUGAGGCAGAAGCCGAAACUCUCAGUACCUCAAGGCCUAUAGCCAGGUGAUGGAGGACGAGGAGAAUGCAGUGGAGAUCUUGGUGAGCAACAUGGAAGCUGCUCAUUCUCCAUCCCCCAUUCGCUGCUGCUGGCUCCGCCUCCGCUACUUGGCAGCUACUAGCAUUAUCUGUGGCUGCUCUUGCCUGGGAGUCAUGGCCCUUGUGUUUGCCAUCAAGGCAGAAGAGCGGCAUAAGGCAGGCCACUCCGAGGAAGCAGUGCACUGGGGGGCCCGGGCCCGGAGGUUCAUCCUGGCCAGCUUUGCUAUCUGGCUUGCUGUCCUCGUUCUGGGCCCCCUGCUUCUGUGGCUGCUCUCUUACAUCAUCGCCCAAGCUGAGUGAGUGAGGGUGGCCUCUUCUGAGAGUCAGCCGGAACCUCCUGGAUCCUGCAAGGCGGCAUUACUAGGGUCCAGUGCCAGCAGUGGUCCUCCCUGGCUGGAGGAUGGUGCCUCUCUCAAAGGGCUUUGGAAAAGCUCUUCUAGCCCUUUAUAAAAGGAAACGGCAACUGAGACUGAUGAGGGGAGGUCAGCCUGCUCUGUUCUUUCAGUGUUCAUCAUUCCCUGCCCCCCCCCACCCUCCCCAGCCUACCCCAUUCUAGGGGCCUCUACCCAGAGGUGGGGUUGAAGACCAGGCCUGAUUUUAUUAGAAUUUGUUUUAUAAUAAAAGCCUUUUUUAGUGGUGAAAUGCUGUUCCUGUCUACUUGUUCUUCCUCUGCUUUCCCAGACCUUGGUAAGAGCCAGAGAGGGCAUCUGACUGAGGCAGAAGUUUGCGUCUCCCUGUGCCUAGUUGCUCCAUGAGAGUGAAGGGUUUCUUUUUCUUUUUCUGGAAGCUCUUGGAAAGACCCCAGCUUCUUCCUUAUACCUGAAGAGAGGCCCAGAGGCCAGAGAGCAAGAGUAGCAGCAUCAGCUACUAUUCAUUGAAUGUUUGAUAUGUUCCAAGCUGUGUUCUGGACACUUUAUAUUUCUUAACUUCUUCAGUUCUCAUAAUCACUCAAUACCUAGUACCAUUGUUCUCACUUUAUAGUUGAGGAAACAGGCACAGAUUAUAAUGGCAUACAGCUAGUAAAUGGCAGAGCUGGGACUGAACUCAGACAUUUUGGUUACAGAUUUGAGAGAGGAGUGAAAGGAUUGAAUACAGCAGCCAUCCCUUACAUAGAGAGAUUUCUAUGACUAUAUUGAAUUUGCAUAGCCUUUAUCUUGGGCUUAUUGAUACUUAUUUUGUAUUUUUAUUGAUUUCAGAGAAGAAGGGAGAGGGAGAGAGAAACAUCAAUAAUGAGAGAGAAU